AUGGCUACUGUACAAUGGAUUUACGCCAAUGGCUCUGAAUGGGUAUCUCUUGAUAUUACAGCUCAACAACAAAUUGAACAACUUUGGGCACACCACAGCUCUGCUUGGAUCAACUGCCGUACUUUUCCUGGUGGUGCCUAUGUUGACUUUGAUGUCAUGGAGAUUAAGUUCCAGGAUUAUGGUUAUGCUAUUGCUCGCCGCUUACAAUGGAUUUACGCUAAUGGCUCUAACUGGGUUACUCUUGACAUUACGGGUCAACAACAAAUUGAACAACUUUGGUCAAAUCACAGCUCUGCCUGGAUUAACUGUCGCACAUUUCCUGGUGGCGCCUAUGUUGACUUUGACUCCAUGGAAAUCAAAUUCAACAAUUAUGGUUACGCUAUUGCUCGUCAACAACAAAUUGAACAACUUUGGUCAAAUCACAGCUCUGCCUGGAUUAACUGUCGCACAUUUCCUGGUGGCGCCUAUGUUGACUUUGACUCCAUGGAAAUCAAAUUCAACAAUUACGGUUACGCUAUUGCUCGUCGCUGCUAA